AUGGCCUCCCAACGCUGGAUCCCGCCAUUCUUGCUGCCGAGAGGGAUCUCAAAACGAACUCUCCUCUGCUUCGCAUCCCAUAAUGUCCGUCUACAGCAAGCCUCGCUACAAGCAACUCCCCUCCGCCUGAAAUCCACAAGCUCCUCAUCAAAGCCCACCAAGACCUCCUCCCCCCGUGUCCUCGAGAAGCCAGACCGUUUCCGGCCCCCGAGCCACCCAGCACGGCGCGUGAUGAACCCGCGCAGUUCACAGCCCCGCAACUACCCAGGGCCCCGUCUCUCUGAAGCGGAGCUGGCAGAGAAGAAGACGAAGCGGUAUCCGAACAUGUUCCCCCCGGAGGGGACAGUGAUGCAUAAAUUUCUGACAAACAGGGGUAUUCACGUUUGGAUCUCUAUGUCCGUCCUCAUCUCCCUCGCAACAUUCACCUUCACCACAAACUUCAAACAUACUUCUCCCUUCGCGCACCUGCUGCCGUCCUGGUCGCAGCUGCUCACCCACCCCAUCGACACCGUCUCGCAGGCCAUGGCGGUGCUGAAAAUGCAUGCGGAUCAUCAGACACUGGAGACGGCGGAGAAGCGGAAGAAGAGGACAGACGAUGUAGAGAAGCGGAGGGCAUAUAGGAGGGCGCAUGGGUUGGAGAAGGAGGAAGGGGAGGAAGUGGUGGAAAAGGGGGUUAGGGCUGCGGAAGGGGAGGGGGAGAGAGUUGCUGUUGUUGCUGCUGCUGACGGGCAGGUUGUGGUGGAUGGAGCGGAUGGAGAAGGAGAGGCGGUUCAAGGGAGGAGGAGGCCGAUUAAGAAGUGGUUGGGUAUAUGGUAG